CGGUAAUGGCUGGCCACUUCCUUUCCCCCUCUUCUUCAUUUGAUCCGGUCACGGCCAACGGCGAGGCUCCCCACAACUGCGGUCUUCUCCAUCGUAUCUCCUAUCUAAAGAAGAUCGCCAUCGGAAGGAGCAGAGUAGCGAGACACACAGACCGACCUGCUUUCUUCCUUUGACUAGGAUAGACACGAUGGAUGAGAUCAUGAACAAGAUGGGCUCCUACUGGUUGGGGCAGAAGGCCAACAAGGAGAUGUCGUCGGCCGGCAACGACCUCGAGUCGCUCUCGACCAGCGUCGGGGACGGGGCGAAAUGGCUGGUGAACAAGAUGAAAGGCAAGAUGCAGAAGCCGCUGGCGGAGCUGCUCAAGGAGCACGACCUGCCGGUAGGGCUGUUCCCGCGGGAGGCAACCAACUACGAGUUCGACCCGGAGACGCGGCGCCUGACGGUGCACAUCCCGGCCGUUUGCGAGGUCGGCUACAGGGACGGCUCCGAGCUGCGCUUCGACACCAUGGUGGCCGGCACGCUGGACAAGGGCAGCCUGGCGGCGGUGGAGGGCCUCAAGGCCAAGGUGCUCGUCUGGGCCAGGGUCACCGCCGUCAAGGCUGACGCCGCCAAGGUCUACUUCGCCGUGGGCAUCAACAAGUCGCGCAGCCGCGAGGCCUACGAGGUCGUCAGGGGCGCCAUCACCGUCGACAAGUUCUAGUCGCGCUAGCUUGCACCGUCGCACGUUUGUUGUUGAGAUGAUGUUUGCAGAACAAUCGCGUGCUUGUUCUACCUGUUCUUUUGUAACAGGGGAAUUCUAAAGUCUUUUUUGCAACUUUAA